AUGGACAACCAAGGGGAUAUCCACAACAACAAUAUCAACCAUAUCAGGCUCCACCCCAACAGCGCCCUCCCGCAGGCUACGGAUACGGAGGGCCACAACCGGGAGUGGGAUACGGUGGAAUGGGACCCCCAAGGGGAUAUCCACCACCACAACAUCUACAACAACAAUAUCAACAACAAUAUAGUGGAGAUGGACAUGGAGGCGGAGCUGUACAGUAUCCAAUACAGUAUCCACAACAACAACAACCAGGGAAUGUGGCCGGAGGACAGCAACAGCCUCAAAUGCCGUCAAGCCAACCGCCGACCUCCAGCGAUCCUCAACAACAUUUUGUCGGCCAUGGGCAUCCAAAUCCAUAUGCUCCAAUGGCACCUCCACAUCCACAUCCCGCAUAUAGUGCUCAGA